CCCGCAGCGGUCGGCCGGGGCCUGUCAUAACUUUGGUCAUUUCAUCGGUGAGCGAAUGAUUGAAAUUCCGUAUUUUCCUUCGAUGCCUACUCUUUCUUGCCGUCCUCCACCAUCCCCACAAGCAGCGAACGAGCGCAUACGACGUUGCCGAGAGAAGUCGCGACAGUGACAAGCGAAGACGACAUCAGGUCGACCACCGCCCCCAGGUGACCCUACCAGUGCACGUAACGCCUGCAGACGUACUACGCGCAUCAGUCGUGCUCCCCACCGCUGAAACGCUCGACUCGCCAUCGCGAGCACGUCAACCUUCGCGCUUGCUGCCAUGGCCGUCGCUGUCCAGCACCCAUCGCUCCCUCCCACUGGCUAUAUGUCUGCAUCCAUGCACGCCGCGACCAGAGACAAGCAGCUGCCCCCGCCCCCCGCGGAGCAGCUGCACUCGACUCCCGCACCUGCCAAGAUCACUAGGGCCAACUCGCGCUCCUUCCGCCCCAAAUUGCACACCCUCCCCAGCGCUGGCAUCGCGUCCAGCAGCGCCCCCUCUCCGGCAUCCCCCACCCCGCGCGCCCGCCCCAUGUCUAGCUUCCUACCGCGUAGCACGAGCGCGACGUUCGUCAACGCUGUCAAGCAGCCCAAGAUCCUCUCUGCGCUAGUCUACUCAAUCGAAUGGCCAGACUUCUGGUCCUUCGCCAACACAUGCCGCGAUUGCCGCCGGCUGGUCGGUACGUCCGACCUCACCGACGUCGUCCUUUCACGUUUCGUGCCUGGCUAUGCCCAGUGUUUGCGUGCAUGCGAUCUCGAGCAGCUGAAGAAGGUCACCGUGACGCUGAGCGAUCUCCAUCUUCUUUAUAUGUCACAACACAUGCCUCUUCAUCGAUACCCCAUGCACUCCCUGGCGUGUCAGAAUGCACUAUACCCUACCCCAGAGCAAAUGAAGUUCACCAACAAGCUCGUCGCCCUCACCCAGACCCACUCCCGCUUCGUCCUCCUUCUCCAGUCGCUCACUCACAGCACUUCCAACCCGCCACCACCGGAGCUGGACGAUCCCUUCUCCUUCUCGCGCCGGAACAAAAAUGCUGGCGUGCCCGAACUUACUUUCCCCGCGCCCCUGUGCUACGCCGACACUGAUGAUUCCCCUGACGACCCCUGGGCGGUACCGUCCUCCCGAGAGAGCGAGGCGCAGGGCAGCCCCACAAAGAUCACUAUCUCCCCGACCCCGACUAGGUCGAACACGAAGAUCAAAGGUCACGCCAAGCUCCCGAGCCACAACAGCGUGCUGUCGAUGGCGCGACGACGGCCUUCGACGGACUCCAGCUUGUCGGCGCUUACCACGCCAAUUAAGCGCCGCACGUCCGUGUUUGGCGGAAAGAAAACCGUGCCUCCGCCUCCAGUCGAGCCGCGGUCGUUGAGACUGUAUGCGUCUGCAUGGCGGCGGACGCUAUUCCAUACAUCGGGCGGCUCAACGUCAGAUGACGAGGACGAUAGCCUCCCGAGGCCCCGCCGCCACUUCGCAUCAUCGCCCAUGAGCUCGAGCGCGUCGUCGAGAUCCAGUCCGUCGCCCGUGGGCUCUCGGCGGCCGACCAUGGUCGCCGCAUCAUCGAGUAGCGCAGGGCGUCUACCUUCUUCCUCCACUCCGCACGAUCUGUCGCUCGCCACAUCGCGCACACGUUCGCCCAUAUUGCGCGUCUUCAUCCCGUGCGCGACGCUAGCGCCGGAUUCGCCCGAGGUGCAGGCGUGCGAGGAUCAACUUGUCCAAGCAGGACUGUGGGACCACUUGUCGACCGGUGACAUCGUCUGCAACUUGGGCUACGUUCCCCCGCGCGCGAGCCCGACGAGCUCCUCCGCUGCGUCCUCCGCCGACGACAUCAACGAGGACGAGCGCGGCACGUGGCUGCUCUUCGACGGGACGGUGCUCGUGCCGCACACGCCGCCUGCGCCGCCGCCCAUCGAGGAUCCGCUCAGCCUGCCCUCGCCAUUCUACUACGCGCACAUCACGCCCCCUGCGUGCGAUCCAGCCUUCCGACUAGCGCGCCUGCCGCCCUGUGGCGGGGUGCCUGACCUGGCGCUCGUGCGUACCACUGCGAAGGUCAGGAGUGCGCGGUCCGCGACGGGCUUUGCGUUUGUGCGGCGGUAUGCCUGGACGGCGCGCGUGUACCGGUAUGCGAUGCCGGGGGAUGAUAUUGGUGCGGGCUGGUUGGGCGAGUGGGUAUUGCAGGGCGAGGGGACGAAGGAGGGGAGGCAGGUCUUGCUCGACUGCAUUGCGGGAUACGAGAACGAGCCCAGGGAGUGGGAAAUGGUGCGCGAGAAGAGCCGUCCGGGACGGAUAUGGCUGAGGCUAGUGCACGACUACUGUCCACCUAAUGGUGGUCAAGAACAUCAUCUACCAUAACGUCUGGUAGCAUUCUUGGAUACUGACUCUGCGCUGCCUUUUAGAACAUCUCCUAACAUGUAAUAAUCAUAUAUCUUCCAGCAACCAUCUACUUAUUCCACGCAUCUGAACCAUCUAUUCCCCGUACACGAUCACACAUAUCCAUCUAUCUCUUGCGUUAUAUCUUUCCAUCGCUUUUCCCAUCUCUCGCCUCAGCUACGCCCGUUACAUAUUCUAUCCCCCCUUCCCUCUUUAGAUUCAUACGACGGACGACUAUGUCUCUGGAGCUCGGCACACUGCUGGAUAUAUCCGUGCCCGACCCUCCCCUGAUCUCGAACUCACGAUAUUGUACAGCCCCCUCAUCACUAUGAGUACUGACCUGGCGCCCAGUAGAGCUUCAGCAGAAGCGUGUAUCGAUCCCCCGAGACAGAAUGUACUUACAGUGUAUCGAUGUAUACCAUUUACUGCUUCCCAAGUUACGUGCGUCUGUCAGCGAUCCU